AUGAACGAUGAUGACUUCUUAAAUUCAGUGGUAACAGAUAUAAAUGAUAUUGAAUUAUUUGAUGAGUUAUUUAGCAAUGAAAUAAAUAAUUCAUUUGUUGAUUUUCUUAAUGAUUCGUUUUUAAAUACACAACAAGAUUUAAUUAACACUCUAAUUACCGAGUAUGAUUUUAUUAGUGAUGUAACAAGUAUUAAAAAAGAAAAUAAUGAUGUUUUGAGUUUUAAUGAAAAGGAUGUUAUUAGUGGAAAUAAUAAUGAUUUAAUUAUUAAAGAUUUUAAUAGAAAAGAUUUAAAAGAAGAAGAUUUUUUUAGUGAAGAAAUUAAUGAUAAAGAAAAUUUAACUAAUAAAGAAUUAAUUAAUGAAAAUUUAUUAAUAACAGGAUUUAAAACAGGAAAUAACAAAAAAAUUAAAAUUAAAGAAGAAAAUAUCAAUCAAAGUUUAUUUUUAGAAGGUGAUAAUAAAAUGAAGGUAGUAAAAGACACAGAGGGUAAUUUUCAAGUAAAUGUAAAAGAUAACCAACAAAAAGGAUUACCUAUGAGAAGGUAUAAUUGUCCUCAAAAAGGACAUAAAAUAGCUAAAGUUUAUUCAAACAUCAAAAUGGUUGAUAUUUUUAAAAAGUGUUGUGAAAUAUUUAAGAAUUGCAGUAAGAAAUGGGUUAAAAUACAAUUUAAAUGGGUUUGGUUGCACUUGUUGUUAAAUCCAAUUAAUAAUACUGAAUUUCUUGAAAGUGAAGUUAUUAAUUUGAUGUGA